AUGACUCCAGCUGGGAAGCUUUCUCUUAUCCUGAUACCUCUCCUAGCAAUCAUUCUCGGCGCCGGCCACUGGUAUUUCGACUGGGAGUUUCUGCCUUUCUGGAGAGAACUUUUGUUUGAUGGCAAACCGCGCUUCAAGCCCUCGGUCCUCUGGACCGAUGAAGGCAAAGUCCAUCGAGACUCGGCCUACCGAUCCUCCACGACAGCCAAGCUGCCUAAGGACGAGAUCAUCAAAGAAAUUGAGGACCGCGCUCGCGCAUUUCCCUUUUACAAGGCUGUUGGCGAGUUCCAGCCGCUGGUCGUGCAGAACUACGGCAUUGCGGGGCAGUAUCGAGACCAUUACGACUGGUACGGCGACGCCAAUGCCGUGGGCGGUAAUGUGGCAUCGACCUUCUUCGUGUACAUCCAUGCAAACUGCACCGGCGGAGGUACGAACUUCCCACGAUUGAAGCCACCGCCAGAGGAGGAAGAGUGGUGGUGCGAGUUUGUCGAUUGUGAUCGGCCCAUCGAUGACGGUGUCACUUUCAAGCCGAUCCAAGGGAACGCGGUGUAUUGGGACAACCUAGGCGCAGACGGGAAGGGAAAUCUGCAGACCUUGCACGCUGGAAUGCCUGUGACCUCAGGGAAUAAGAUGGGGCUGAAUAUGUGGACGUGGCAGUCAGUCGAAGGAGUUCAGGGAGGUUGA